AUGAAGGAUCACUGUACGGAGGACCAUCUCUCGGCGCGCACCAGUCAAACACAGCUGGAGCAAAGACACAGAGGAGCUGAGGUGCGAUCUAGGUCUCUGGAUGCUGGGGUGCAUUCGUGCCGCCCCCAGAUAAAGCUCAGGGGAAACAGUGGGCAGGGGCGGGGCAGGGAGUGGGCACACCCCCUUUCUCUCCCUUUACCCGGCGGCUUUUCCCUUCGGUGGCUGAAGGACGGCCACUUGGUCUGGUGGGGUCUGCACGCUGACUGGCGGCUGAGCCAGCCACCUCUUGGAGUGGGCGAGCUCCGGGGUCCCAACUCCAGGAUGCCAUCCCUGGACACAGCUGUGGGGAGACACCGGCGGCUGAUGGCUGCUCUCACCUGGCUGCUUCUGAGCUGCCCUGCGCUGCGGGCACAGGUACCUUCCCCUGGCACAAAGCCCCAGCCUGAGCUCUAUCUGCCCGACCCCAGGGGCACCCUUAGGGGCCGCAUCACCGCCAACGCCUCUGGCAUCCUGAUCGCCAAUCCUGUACUCCGGGUGCCUGUGGGACGCUCGCUUUGGCUGGAUCCCCUCCGGAACCUGGAAAUUCGGGUGCAAGCCGGGGACCGGUGUGAAGUGACAGUUCUGGACGCCCCGUGGCGGCACCAGGGCGCGCUCUCCCCGCGCCACUUUCCCUGCGUCUUCGGACCCCUGCAGAUUCGGUACACUCACUUUGGCGCCCGCAGCCCUGUGCGCGCCCGAGUGCCGCUGCAGCUGCGCUACGACUCCUGGGCUUCCUCCCUGGUGCUGCCUUUCACCCUCGCUGUGGAUGUGGUCUUCUCCCCGCUGGAGCUUGUGACGCGCAACAGGCCUUUGUCAGUGCAGAAGCUCGGGGGCUGGAGUCACGCCAUCGACCGGACAGUGCUGGACUUCGCCUUCCCGGAGUCCCGAGCCACAGUCGCCCGGAGGUGCCUGCUCACCGCUCUUCCACGCGAGGGAGGGCCACUGCCCAAGUAUGGGCGCUUGGUGGACGCUGUGGGGACCCCUCUCCCCAGGGGCAGAAGCGUAGACUGUGAGAUUUUCAUCAAAGCUGGGGUGCGCUACCAGCAUACGGCUACUACCCCCUCGCCCAACCGGGACUAUGUGCCCAUGAUGGCAGAGCUGCUAGGAGCAGAGGACCAAAGGGCUGGACCCGCGAGGGUGCUGGCCCGCGAGUACUUCCAGAUGCUGGUGAAGAUCCCUGAGGGAACCGAGAACACAGCCCCCCAGCCCAGCAUCCUGGCCACGAUGACGCUGGACGUUUAUCAGUACAUGCUGACAGCCCUGACGCCUGGCGUCCUGGCCGCAGAGGACACAGAAUCUGACCCUGAUGACCUGGCUUUCAACAUUCUCAAUACCCACACUCUGUCGUCAGAGUACCUGGGUCAGCAGGGGUACCUUGUCAGUACUGAUGACCCCCUGGGUCUCCCAGUCUUCACUUUCACUCAGCGGGAAAUACGGGAGCUGAAAAUUGCCUAUCAACCCCCCAUAGAGAAAUCGGAUGAAGAGUUCAUCUUCCAGCUGAAGCUGGAGGUUAUAGAUGGAGAUGGUGCCACCUCAGACCCUUUUUCCUUUGCGGUGAUAGUGAAACCAAUGAACACCCUGGCCCCAGCAGCGACUCUUAACAGAGGCCUACUGCUUUUGGAAGGCCACUCAAGGCCCUUAGACAGUGCACACAACCUGCAGAUAAGUGACAAAGAUGGACUGGAAGAGGUGAAAGUGUUUGCAGUCAAGGGCUUGAGACAUGGGCAGUUGGUAAAGCCUGGGACAUCUGGUAGGAGCAAGAAUUUUACAGCAUUAGACCUGACAGCAGGCCGAGUGGUGUACCAGCAUGAUGGCAGCGAUACCUAUAGUGACAACAUCGUCUUCCGGAUGGAGGAUGGGAGCCACCAGGUGGAAUUCCUCUUCUCUGUCACCAUCGUACCUGUUGAUGAUGAACCACCAGUGAUCACUGCCAACCAGGGACUAUCACUAGCUGAAGGGCAGGUGGUCCAGAUCUCGCCCUUUGUCCUGAGUGCUAAGGAUGUUGACUCAGAGGACUCCACCAUCCGCUUUGUGAUAGAGAAUCAGCCUCUGGAAGGUGGGGGAGGAAGACAUUGGAAUCCGCCUCCUGGCCCUUCCUGCCCAAGCCAAUACCUGGGGGAGAUGCUGCUGCAGCAGGCAGAAGCACCUCUGUUUCCCAUAGAUCAAGAGUGGCAUUACGUGGAAAAGAAAGGACUUUAUCAGAAAGUGGUGACUGAGUGGCUACAGCAAGAUAUAAUGGAAGGGAAACUUUUCUUCCGCCAUCUUGGACCCCACAGUCCUCGACCUGUAAUGAGUCACCUGACUUUCCACGUGCAGGAUGACCAUGACCCACCCAAUCUAUCCACCCAGCACUCCUUCGUUAUCAAAGUUAAAUCAGUGGAUCUGCUGAGGCCUGAGUUGUAUCCUGGAACCACUCUACAAAUGAAUGUGCAAGGACACCAGCUCACAUACUUCCAGAAGGAAUUCCUCCAUUAUUUUGACCGGGACUCAGAUGACCAGAAUGUACAGUACACUCUACUGACACCUCCGACUGACAUAGAUGACAACCACCGAGUCUCAGUGGGGAAAAUUGUGCUCACUGAUGCACCAGACACACCCAUCAAACACUUUACCCAGGCCCAGGUAAACCAUCACAAAGUUGCUUACCAGCCUCCCCAGAAAGAAGUAGGUAUAGCACUCCAAGUUGUGCAGUUCACCUACAAGGUGGAAGAUGCCGCAGGCAAUGGCAUAUCAGGCACAUUCACGUUAUUUCUGCAGCCUUUGAACAACCAGCCUCCAAAAGUCACGAACAGAGGCUUUGCUGUCAUGGAGGGAGACAGCUUUACCCUCAGCAAUAAUGAGCUGGAUGUUACAGAUCCUGAUACAAAUACGGAUCAAAUAAUUUACAAGUUAGUGUGGGGACCCCAAUAUGGAUGUCUGCAGUACUUGAAACAAUGUAUGAUCUCUGGAGAGUCUUUUAUGCAAGUUGAUAUUCUAAAUGGGCAUGUUUCUUACCAGCAUGACAGAGACCAGACUACCCAUGAUACUUUGCAUCUGGAGGUAAGUGACAACAUAAAUUAUGUACCUAUCACUGUCCUGAUUACUGUGCAUCCUUUUGCUGACAAGAGUUCUAAGAUCUUUACCAUGGAUAGCCCAUUGUUGGAUGUAUCCAUAAAUGUACUAGAGAAUAGAUCCACUGAUAUCGUCAUGGACAUUAUUUAUGAUAAAAAGAAGGACUCAAAUGACUCAAUGUUUAAUUUUAUUGCAGAGGAUGGCCCUAAACUGGGUAUUAUUCUAGUGAAUGGUUUGCCCACAGAACGAUUCACCCAAGAGGACCUUAUCAGUGGAGCAGUAACCUAUGUCCACAAUGGAGGUGAAAUUGGCUCCCAGAAGCAGCAUGAUGCCUUUAGUUUCACCUACUGCAUAGAUUCUUGUCAAUGGGUAUUAGGAGACAGCACAGAAAAGAGGGUACAGGUACAAGUGACUGUGCUGCCUGUGGAUAAUGUAGCCCCCAAGGUCUCCAUGGCAGAGCCUUACAUUGUCUAUGAAGGUGGGAAGAAUCCUUUGACCUCCCAACAUCUCAAUAUUGUAGAUGUGGAUACUCCUCAAGAUAAAAUCUUAUGCACAAUUACUGGUCAGCCAAUCUCUGGCUACCUAGAAAAUACCGCACCUGCUCCUGGCUCAGAAACGUCAAGGAUGGGUAGCCCCAUCAGUGCUUUCUCCAUCAAAGAUGUCCAGGAGAGACAUAUCAAUUAUGUUCAGAGUAUUCACAAGGGUGUGGAGCCACAAGAAGAUAGAUUCAUCUUUUAUUGCUCUGAUGGCAUCAACUUCUCCCCCAACAUCUUCUUCCCUAUAGUCAUCCUACCUAUCAAUGAUGAACAGCCAGAACUCCUCACCCAUGAGUUUGUGGUGUUAGAGGGGAUGAGCUUAGUCAUAGACACUCUGCUACUCAAUGGUGUAGAUGCCGAUCAGCCACUGAAUGAUCUUCACUUUCGACUCACAGGCCUCCCUCAACAUGGACAAAUUAUACAGCAGCUGGCCACAGGCAGCCGGCCCAUCGAGAGCUUCACCUUAGAGGAGAUCCAGGAAGCUUCCACCAUUGUGUACGAGCAUGAUGAUUCAGAGACCACAGAGGACAGCUUUGAAGUCUGGCUGAGUGAUGGCAAGUACGCCAUCCACAGGAAAGUACCCAUCACAGUAAUCUUGGUAGAUGAUGAAAGCCCUCAACUGGCUGUCAACAAUGGGCUGGACAUAGAGGCUGGACACACUAAGGUCAUCACAAAUCAAGCCCUCAAAGCCACUGACCUUGACUCUGAUGAUAGGAGGCUCAGUUUUAUUCUCCGUUCUGGUCCUCAACAGGGAUAUCUACAGCAACAGACAAAACCCAGAGGGGAAGUGAGAAAGAACCUCACAUUGGGAAUGAACUUUACCCAGGAUGACAUUGACAGAGGGCUCAUAUUUUAUAAACACACAGGCCAAGGGAGGGUUCUAGACAUUAUCAAAUUUGAUGUGACUGAUGGGGUUAACUCUUUGAUAGACUGUUACUUCUAUUUUACAAUUGGCAACUUAGAUGGAUUCUUCCCUGCGAUGGUCAGCAAAAGGAUCACUUUGAAAGGUGGUAGAACGCUCUUCACCACACAACUACUCAACACUAGUGACAUCAAUAUCCCUGAUGAACAACUCUACUUCAGCAUCACACAGGCCCCUAGCCAGGGCCACAUAGAAAGCUCUGACCGCCUGGGAGAACCCAUUGCCUCUUUUACUCAGCUUCAGUUGGCUGAAAACAAAAUAUUCUAUAUUCACACAUCAAAUGAUGCAGUAAAGAUGGACAGCUUCCAGUGUCACGUGACUGAUGGACACAACACUGUGUUUAAAACCUUCAGGAUCUUCAUUACCGAUUUGGAUAAUAAGCCUCUCUUAACCAUCCGCAAACUAGUACUGCAGAAAGGGAAUAGUAAACUCAUCACUCCUUCUGAGUUGACAGCCGAGGACAAGGAUACUCCAGAUGAUCUUCUUGAGUUCACCAUCACCCACGUCCCCAUCCAUGGUAAAAUCUUGUUUAAUGGCAGUCAUCCUGUUUCUUCCUUCACCCAGCAGGACGUGAAUGAGAAUUUGAUCAGCUAUUGGCAUGAUGGUAGUGACACCAGUGAAGACAGUCUCUCUUUGGCUGUGACAGAUCACGAUCAUACUGGUUUCUAUGUCUUCCCAGACACGGACUUAGAGACACACAAACCUCAGGUAAUGAGGAUCCAGAUAAGCUCCCUCAACAACAAGCCUCCCCAGAUCAUCAUUAACAGAGGGGCCCAGGUCUUAAAGCACCUUCACUCUGGACAGAUGGGUUUCUUCAUAACCAGUAAGCCUCUAAAGACAGAGGAUCAGGACAAUUCCCACUGGUACCUGAAGUACAGGGUGACCAGAGGCCCAGAGCAUGGCUUCCUUGUCAACACUGGACAUGGAAAAGAGAACACAGAUGUGUUUACACAAGCUGACAUUGAUGAGAGGAGGAUCUAUUAUGUCUUAAAAGAGGGCAGCAAUGCAACAAGGGACGUCUUCUAUUUCUCUGUCAAAGACAACGGAGGAAAUAAGCUAGUGAACAAACCUUUCCAUCUACACUGGGCUUGGAUUUCUCUGGAGAAAGAGUAUUACAUUGUGGAUGAAGACUCCACGUUUUUGGACGUGACUCUCACACGCAGAGGACAUCUUGAAGAAAUAUCCUUUAUCAGCAUUGAAAUCAAAGACGAAACCGCAAAAAUAGAUAAAGAUUUUAAAGUGAAGGCCCAGAAGCUGGUCCAUUUCAAUCCUGGACAGACCACAGCCACAUGGAGGGUGAGAAUUAUACCUGACAAUGAAUAUGAGGCUUCAGAGACCUUCCAGAUCAUUCUGUCGAACCCUGUCAUGGCUGCAUUGAAGUCUCCACAAACAGCAACAGUUGAAAUUGUUGAUCCUGGAGAUGAAUCAACAGUCUAUAUUCCAGAGGCAGAAUACAGGGUAGAGGAGGAUGUCGGGGAGCUUUUGAUUCCUGUAAGACGAUCUGGAGAUACAAGCCAGGAACUACUUGUAAUUUGUUCUACACUUCAAGGUUCAGCCACAAGUACAAUUUAUCCCACAGGCUUGGAUUUCUCUGACUACAUCACACGUCCAGAAGACCACACCAGCAGCACCCUCCACUUUGACAAGGGUGAUACUGAGAAGACCUGCCGGAUUAUGAUCAUUGAUGACUCGCUUUAUGAAGAGGAGGAGUCCUUCAGUGUCUCACUGAGCCUGCCAAGAGGAGGACGACUUGGAACCAAAUUUCCCAUUGCCAAAGUGAUUAUCCUGGCAGAUCAUAAGGAUGAGCCUGCCCUGCACUUCGGGAAUGCUGAGUAUCAUGUGGACGAAAAUGCUGAUUACUUGGAGGUUUGUGUCUGGAGGACCGGACCUGAUCUUUCCCAAGCAGCUUCUGUCACCGUGCGAUCCAAGAGUGCUGAACCAGACUCAGCAAAAGCUGGACUAGAUUACAUUGGCGUCAAUCGAAAUCUGGACUUUGAUCCUGGAGUACACAGACAAAUAUUCCGAGUGACAAUCCUUGGUGAUCUAAAGCAGCCCUUUCUGGAGAGUUCCAAGAGGUUUGAACUACUUCUCCAGAUGCCUAUGGGUGCGGGGCUUGGAGAACCAAACAAAAGCACCAUUUUCAUCAAUAACGCCAUCCCCGACUGUAAGCAAAAUGCUUGUGUGUAG